AUGCCAACCGAGUCACGGCCCGGGCACGUGGCCAUGAUCGCAGGCUUCUACGAGGAUGUCAGUGCCGUCACCAAGGGCUGGAAAGAGAACCCGGUCGAUUUCGACUCGGUUUUCAACCAAUCUGCCCACACUUACUCGUUCGGGUCUCCAGAUAUCCUCCCCAUGUUUGCGGACGGAGCGUCCGAUCCAGACAGAAUUGAUACCUGGAUGUACGGCCACGAGUUUGAGGAUUUUACCACGUCGUCCAUUGAGCUGGACCGGUUUGUGUUCGACCAUCUGGACGAGCUUUUUCAAAACUCUACGAAAGACGCCAAACUAAAUGCCCAGAUCAGACAGGACAAAAACGUGUUUUUCCUCCAUCUUCUAGGAACGGACACUUCCGGACACGGAUACAGACCGUACUCGAAAGAAUACUACGACAAUAUCCAGUACACCGACCGGAAGAUCAAGGAACUGGUGCCAAAAGUGAACAAAUUCUUUGGAGACUCAGACACCGCAUUUGUGUUCACUGCAGACCACGGAAUGAGCGAUUUCGGGUCCCAUGGUGAUGGACACCCUGACAACACGCGUACCCCGCUCAUUUGCUGGGGAGCAGGCUGCAAAAAGCCUAUUCGAAUUCCUGCCUCCGAAAAUAGCUAUUUGAAAGAAGAGGCCGAGGAAAUGAGCACCUGGGGCCUUGACACAGUCAAGAGACACGAUGUGAAACAGGCAGACAUUGCCUCGUUGAUGUCGUUUCUUAUUGGUGUGAAUUAUCCGGCCAAUUCGGUCGGAGAGCUCCCUAUUGGGUUCCUGGACGUUCCAGAGAUCGACAAGAUCAAGGGCCUCUACCGCAAUGCGCUGAGCAUCCAUGAACAGUACCUGGUGAAACUGUCCGAGGUUUCAUCGAGCCAGUUUGAUUUCAAGCCGUUUGCCGGAUUCGAAAAGAAAUCGAAUUCCGAGUACGAGAAAGAAAUCGAACAGCUGAUCGACUCAAUUGCCGCCGGAAACAUCACUGCCGAACAGCCGGCUGUGGUUCUCAUCGAGGAGUUCAUCAAAACUUCGCUUCAAGGUCUGAACUACCUGCAAAAGUACAACUGGCUUUUGCUAAGAAGCAUCGUCACCUCUGGCUUUGUUGGAUGGAUCAUCUACUCAUUGAUGAUUUUUUUCCGGCUCUACGUUUUAAAGGAGUCUGCAACCAAGUACGACGGAGCUGUCGGGAAGACGAUCAACCACGUUGUGUUCCUAACCAUCGGCUCCUCGUUGUCCUACAUCCUGUAUUAUCAAAACUCUCCGGCCAACUACUACUUCUACCUGGCCUUCCCGCUCUUCUUCUGGCACGAGAUCGUUGAGGAACGGUACACUCUGCUUUUCGGGAUCCUCAAGUUCUUCAAAGGACACAGCAGAUGGUUCAUAAUCGGGGUGGUUGCCGGAAUUGUUGGGUUUUUUGAGUGCAUCACGAUCGGAUUUACCAAUAGAGAAAUUUUUGUGGGGAUGUUUGUGGUUCUCGGACUGUACCCGCUCGUUUUGGGUAACGUGAACAAACUACAGAAACUGUCGUGGGCACUCACCUGCUGUUUGCUGUCCCUUUUCCCGGCGCAAAACCCGGUUAAGUCGGAAGACCUGCAGCUGAUUGCGGCUGGAGCAGUGCUAGUGCUUCUGGUUGGAGCAAUUUCACUCGCAGCUCUAAAAUUCAGUUCCUACACGAAGAAAUUGGUGAUUGUGCAGCUUGUCCUUGUCGCAUUGUCGCUGUACUCCACAUCUAAAGCGGUUGUGUCAUUGCAAAACAGGAACGGAUUACCGAAAGAUGCGCAGAUCCUGGGGUGGGCCAAUUUAGUGGUGUCACUAUUUUUACUGCCAACCUUGCACCACUUUGGCCAGGAGUCUGACUACAAAACGCGCUACCUCAUCAUCUUCCUCACCUUCUCGCCAACAUUCAUCAUUCUGACGAUCUCGUUCGAGACGUUGUUCUACGUGCUCUUCUCCGGGCUCGUUUUCCAGUGGAUCGAGGUCGAGGCACAAAUGACCUCACACACGUCCAAAUGGACCCAGCUGCUCCGGGUCGCAAUCAUCGGAUUCUUCUUCCUACAGAUUGCAUUCUUUGGCACAGGUAACAUUGCAUCGAUUUCCACCUUUUCGCUGGACUCUGUGUACCGGUUGCUACCGGUGUUUGACCCCUUCCCGAUGGGCGCACUACUGAUGUUAAAAUUGAUCAUCCCAUACGUUCUGUUGAGCGUUGGACUCGGGCUAAUGAACGUGCGGCUACACCUGAUCAUUUUCAGCAUUUCGUCAUUGAUCAUCUCAUUGAGCGAUUUACUUUCACUCAACUUCUUCUUCCUGGUCAAGACAGAAGGCUCGUGGCUGGGGAUUGGGCUGACAAUCUCCAACUAUUGUCUGGCGAUCUUAAAUUCGCUCUUUAUUUUGUUACUUGAGGUAUUAUCCAACAUUUUAAUUGCAAAAACAGAGCCAGAGAAGCCAAUCACAAAAAGCGCUCAGCAAUUGGCGAUCGACUCGCCGCAAUACGACAAGAUCCUCAAGGAGGUGCAACAAGCCGAGUCUGUUGGAGGCUCAAUUGCAACUCGUGUCAAGCGCAGAUCAAAAAAGACCUAG